AUGACGGUUCCUGAGGUCAAUAUUCGAAAAUUGAGGCAUGAAGAUUUAGUAAAAUAUCACAAAUUAUCUGAUGAUGAAGUCUGGAAUGUCGGAAUGGACGUUUACGAGAAAAUGUUUGAAAUUUCCCCAGAUGGCUUCUACUGCGCGGAAAACAAGGAGACAAAAGAAGUGGUCAGUUUCUGCGGAGGAGUUGACAUUGGAGACAAACGGGCUGUUAUCGUUUCGUUUAUUACGGAGCCGAAAUUGAGGGGACAAGGAAUUGGGUCAAAGGUCAUCAAGAAGAUCUUGGAGCAUUACGAAGGAUAUGAGAUUAUUGUCAAUUCUGCUGUUGGAAGAGAGCCGAUGUACGAGCGAUUCGGAAUGGCAAAGUUUCUUUACCAAACAAACCAGCUCAUUUGCCGACCAAAGUCUCUCGAAAAACAAGCUAUCUCUUUCAACAUCUUUCCUCUUGAAAACAUAGAGGAUAUUUACCCACUCGAUGAAGCAGUCACCGGAUCUGAUAGAAAGCAAAUCUUGAAGUGGUUCUUUGAGACUUCUGAUAAGAGUUUCUUCUCGAAAAAUGAGCAAGGGGAGAUUGAUGGUUAUACAAUGGUGCGAAAAACGCCCCUGGGAAUCUCACUCAGUCCCUGUUAUGCUCGAUCAGAAAAUGCACUGAGAGGAUUGAUUGAAAAAGUCAUCUCAAUCUAUCCAAAUUCCGAUGCUCAGAUCUGCCUGCCUAUCGACAAUAAGGACUCUCUCAAGAUUUUAGAGCAAUACUUUUUUGUCAAAAUUUCAUCCUGCUGCUUUCCAAAAGAUGCUCCUGAAGAUUUGACAGUGAGUUUGCCGAACACAUGGCUUGGCUCGAAGCAAGAUUUGAAGUUCGAAAAAUCAUCGGUCAUUUCUAUUUUGGACUUUCAUUUUGGCGUCUGCUAA